AUGAUUAGCGAGUUCCCCGUCAUGGCCCAGUUCUCCAGCCUGUCACCCAUUCCCGGCUUCUCCGCUUGGCUUCAAGGCCUGCUCAGCCAGUGCAGGAAGGAGGGCCGUGCAUUCGAUCUGCUCUCUGAGGAAGAGUGGAAGGAGAUACAACACGCCACCGAUUCCACCCCGAGCGUGGAUUCCCUUCGCAAGCUCCUCAGCUCUAACGAGUGGAUGCGUUCAGAGAGACUGUGCGGCGUCCUGGAGCCCGUCCUGAUGCGUCUGUGCGCCUGGUACCUGUACGGGGAGAAGCGGCGCGGCUACGCUCUCAAUCCGGUGGCUAACUUCCACCUGCAAAACGGCGCUACAAUGUGGCGGCUCAACUGGCGUGCCGACACCAGCCCCAGGGGUGUGGCCAACUCCUGCGGCAUCAUGGUGAACUAUCGUUACUUCCUGAACGAGACGUCGAAAAACAGCACGCGCUACCUUCAGAAUAAGGUCAUCGCAGCGUCAGAUCAGGUGCUCGGCUUCGUGUCCCAGUUUCAGAAGCAACGACGGUAA